AUUAUAGCUACUCAAAAUUCUUACUUCAUUAAAACAGACUUCGCCUUAUAAAUACCUUAUUCAGACAACCCAACCUCAGUAUCUCCUAGACAUCGUGGUUGAUCGCAUUACUCUAUUACCACUUGGUUGCUCAAUUUCCCAGAAGAAACUAACAAGAAAAAAUGAAGGCCGCCGUCGUCGCUGUGAUUGCAAUUCUCGCUGUAAUCGCAGUGUUUGCGCAGCCAGGACAAGCUGUAUCCUGCGGCCAGGUCGACGCUGCUUUGGUGCCGUGCAUCAGUUACCUCACCGGACGUGGCGGAGAUAGCCCAUCUCCAGCUUGCUGUUCUGGUGUCAAAGCCGUGAAAGACAUGGCACAGACGACGGCCGACAAGAGGGGUUGCUGCAGCUGCAUCAAGGCUGCCGCCAACCGCUAUGCCGACUUGAAGGACGCGGCAGCACAGAGCCUUCCCACCAAAUGUGGCGUUCAGAUGGACAUCCCUGUUUCCCGCACUGUCGACUGUGACAAGAUCAACUAAGGUAUGGAUGCAGAGACACUACAACGGAGAGAGGCGAACAGAUUUAUAUUACGACAUUCCAAUAAAAAUUAUUAUGUAGUCCGAUUUUGUUUUUCGAAUGUAGCUAGGUAGCUACUUUUACAUGUGAAAAUUAAGGUUCCUUCCUGCAGCUUGUAAUAUGAAGCUGAGUUUUUCUUGGCCAAAAAUUUGCCAGAGAUAAUAAAAGCAGAUCUCUUC